UUCGAUUCCGAUUUUUACAAAGUAAACAUUGGUAAACAUUUAAAAAUUCAAAAAUUCAAGUGUUAUUAUGUCAUUUCUAUGGUUUGCUAUGAAAUAAAAAACUUGAUGCCGAAUGUUGAUAACAAAACUUAAUUAAAAUAGCAUAAGAUGUAAAUUUUGAUGCAUAUUUUAAAUUAUUUUACCCGGCUAAUUACGUAUCUCAGCUCUCCAUGACAACAUCGUUUUGAUUCGAGUUUCGUGUUCCCAAUUUUCUUUUCUCCGGAUAUUGGUAGAUUCUACCUUGCUAAUGUUUAAUUUCCUUAGUGGUCGGAUAUGAGGUUUAUUGAGGCAGCUUAUGCUUAGAAUGCGGACUGCGAAAUCUGCAUCGGGAUCGUGAGGUAAUCGACGCAAUGAACGAUCCGUGGGACGUAAAAUCGGUGAGGCAAUCAAACCAGUACAUGUCCUGCAUGAAGAUAAAUGGGGUGCCACUCCUGCCGCCAGUUUUAGUCUAUGUAUAAAAAUAUAAAUAUAUACUGCAAUAAAUUAUAUUGUAUGUAUUAUGUGCCUCUUUUCAAAAAGCUUGCAAGUAAUUAUACAUUGGAUUCUGUUUAAGCUUUACUAUAAAUUGCAAAAGAUUCUAUUUCCAGACCAUAUGAAGUUGUCAAAAGAAUGUCGCAAAGAGAUGCAGUACUACAAACUACUUGCAAAAGAAGUGGAAAAACGAAUACAAACCCUCAAACCGUUAAUUUUUGAUACUGAUACUGAGUCAACUGAGGAUAAAACUGACGCUCCUGACCUCCCUGAAUCAGAGCAUAGUUAUGAGCUAUCUCAAGAUGACAUUCAUGGCAAUUUUAAUUGUAAAGCAGAUAAAAUAAAAACAGUAACCACAGAAAAGUGUCUUGAUGAUUGUGAAAUAAGCAGAGUUCAUCCAAUAAGCAACACCUUUGAUAACAUCACUUCUAACUUAUACACAGAUACAGACAGCGCGUCAUCUAAAUUAUCUUCCAAGUUCAUGGUAGAUCUCAGUUUCAGUAUUAAUGAAACUGGUAAAAAUUUACUUGACAGUGUGACUAGUUCCCAUGCACCUCCCAAUGAUUUACCUGAACGUGAUUGCGACUAUAAUAUAAAAGACCAAAAAGAAAUUAUCUACAAUGAUAACAAUAACGGAUUUGAUAGCACUCUUAAAGAUGAGAGAAUGAGCUUCAGCGUAAGUAUUACUAAAAAUGCUUUAAUAGAUCCAGCAACAGAUAUACAUUUCAACCAUGAUGGCCCCUCUUCCCUAAGUUCUAAAAGCUUUACUGGUUCUUUGAAUGAAAUUCAUAUAGAAAGCUUAAAAGAUACUCAGGCACUACCUUUAGUAAGACAAAGGUCUUAUACUGUUUUAAAACCAAGUCCUAUGCUUCUUGCACAUUUAGAAGUGCAAUCAAUGAAUACAGGAAUAGAAGUGACAUCAAUUUCUAUGAGUGAAUCUUUAUCCAACAUUAGUAGUACAUAUAAAAAACGAAGAAGUUGGGACCUAGAGUCUGCUAAAAAGAAGUGGUCUUCAAUGGCGUUAGAACUAAAGAAAACAAUUAAGAGUGAUUCUAAAAGUGCUCAGAAUGCCAAAACUGAAGCUGCGUAUUCCGUUAAAAAAACACCAUCAUCCACUAAAGCGAAAUCAUUGUCACAAGAGCGACAAAAGCGGACUCCACCCAAAAGCGUCAAUAGAUCUGAACCAAUACGGAAGACAAAGAAGAGUCCAGUACAAAAUUCGCCGACAGCUCAAAAUACCUCUAAGACACCUACUCAAAUUAUAGCCAGUAACAAAAAUGCGACUGAAUCUAAUAAACAAAAACUAUUAUCAGAGUCAGAUGAUCCAGCGACGCGUGUUAGAGAACUAUAUGAUAAAAUCCAGAAACAGCAACUUAUUCAAAUGGCCAAUUUGGUAGAAAAACAGAAGAAAGAGCAAAUGUUACUGCAGCACGUUUUCGAAGAGCAGAACAAUUUGCUGUUCACCCAAUUGAAGACAAUCUGUCCCAAAUCUCCGAAUGAAGUAAAAGAAGCUUGGGUCGACAAAAACAGAGCUACGACCGAUCGAGGACCAGUGAGUCUGAGCCAGGUGAUAAACCAUAAGCCCCAACAAAACCCUUGCGACAGUCCAGUACACGUUACUUUGACUGAAACCAACAAUUACCUUAAUUAUUGCGACGACGUUUUGAAGAAAUCCAGGGACAUCACUGGAAGCAUAAAGAAACAUAAUAAUAGAAGUCACCAAGCUCCUGAAAAAAUUCAAAGUGAAAAUCAUGCCUCUGAAGGUAACAAAACGCGAACUCAUUCUCCUGUCCGUAAGAAUACUCCAACUUCUAGAAAACUGACAUAUGAAACUAGCGCGUCUUCCGAUCGAGAAUGCGAUCAAAUCUUGACCGAUCGAACGAACGACACCCUGGCCGAUUUGAAUGUCACGUUUCCUUCAGAUCACAGCGAGGAAUCCCAACCUUUCGUGUACAACUCUGGUCGUAACAGCACGCGCGGCUCGAUACUUGAGAGUCCAAUGACUGCGCCGGCAGCCUUAGCGUCAUACAAGUCCACUGAUAGAGCCAUCAGGAGCAUGGAGGAAACCAUCCAGAAUUCAAUCGACAGCAUGUGCAUAAGAAACACCAAGAAGUGCGUUAUGCGCCCCGCCACCGCUAAUGAGCUUGCCGCGGCGAGCAAGAUAGUCGCGCACGCGAAGGGCUACCUCGUCCGUCGGCUGAUGCGCACGGAGCGCGUGCAGGCGACGGUGCAGACCAUCAAGGACGCGCUGCUGUGCGCGCUGCAGCUGCACCAAGACCGCGAGGGCAUUCGCGGCGCGGACGUCGACCUGCACAGACGUCUGAUACAGCAGAUAACGGCGGCAUGCUACACACUACACGACACGUUCGUCGCCAGCACGCCGGCGGAGCGCUGCGCGAUGAUCGCGGCCGACCGCAGCCGACGCCGCUCGAUCGCAGCGCGACUGUCGCCUGCGCCUGUCGCGCUGGCGUCCACUAGACUCUACCGACCCACGGAUCUAAUGUCGCAAAGUCACACGGGCGCGUUCCCCGCGCGCGUCAAGAGACACGCGCCUUCGCUAAUGACUCAAUCCAAUUAUGAGACAUUUAGCGGCGACAAGACCGUGAGACGCUAUAUGCCGAGCCCGCGGCGCCGCCCGUGGCGCUGACUCUAGGCUUCCACUCUUACAACUCUUCACACUGGGGACACAUUAAUCGACAUUACAAUUCUGUUAGUAUAGUUGGGAUCCUGAAUAAAAUUGUGGUUGUUUUGUAAUAUUAUAAUAGAGUAAUUAUUUAAAAACAAAGAAAAAUCUCACUGUGAAAACAUUUUUUUUAAAUACGUAAUUUAACAAAAAAAAUUGAAAAGAUAAUAAGAACUUUAAACUUGAAAAUAAUUUUUAAUAAAGUAAAAUUUAAAAAAAAUGGAAUAGCUAAUAAAAAUAAUUACGUUUGAGGACGUCUAAACGCGUAAUAGGUCUAGCAUGCGUCAAUGACAUCUGUCGUGACCAAUAGCGAUGGAAACGAAAAUAUCGCUCUCUCUCUUAGCGAUGGAAUAAAAGCGAUAUUUUCGAUGUCGCCGCUAUUGGUCGAGAAUGUGUCUUUCUCUUUAAUAUGACGUGCUCGUCCUAGGCCUAAUAGAUGUGGCAAUUUGUAAAUUGGCAGUGUUAUCUAAACUUCAUUUUUUUAGAAUUGCAAAAUUAUGUAAACAAAUAUGGCCGUAUUCAUCACUGACAUUAGUUGUGACGUCAUCCUAGGGAUGGGCCGUUGAUGAACUAUAUCGAGAAUUAACUACUACUAAUCGAAUUUUAUAUCAAUUGUAAAAAAAUCACUUUAUUUAAAAACUCACUUCUAAGUUGGCAACACUAAUCACACAGUCAAAAUACGCGCGAUAUUAACUAUCUACCUCUUUCUGUUGCAUAUUAAUUAAUACCUAUCAAAUAACAUUUUUUUCACUUGUAUCUGUUUGUUAUAAAUUAAAAGAGUACUAAAAAAUUUAGGCAGUACUUGUUAACGCAUUAUCUUUUUUUUAACAUAUAAGUACGUAACUAACUAAACAGCGCUAUGAAAAAAUUACUUUAUUCAAAUUACUCAAUUACGAUAUCGAUACUGAACGGAAUACAUUCGAUAUUUACAAUCGGUAAAUCGUUCAUUUUUAAUCUGUGGUGACAAUUUUACUUGGCACAACCUUAGAGAGACGAAACGUCAAAUUAACAUUUAAAUGUAAUCUGUGUGCAUAAUUUCGUGUUUAAUUUCGUUUAUUUCUAAAAAUUUUGAUCAGGGUUCCCAACUUAGGGGUUUUCCCCCCAGAUUUAGGGGGCAAAUAAGUGAAAUGGGAUUUUUUUAGGGGUCUGAAAUUUUUAGGGAUAUUUUCAGGGAUUUUUUGACUCUUUAAUAUUUUUAAAUUGAUGAUAAUUUUAAUUUCUUUCUUGACCUAGCGACUUAUAACGACAUAUAAUACGUCAUUCUACAACCACUCUGAGGCAACUGGCGACAAUUUUUAUCGAAUAAAAAAAGUUGUUAAAUUUAUUCAUUGUCAACAUGUAUGAUUUCAAAAAAUCUGAAUUUUCAGAUAGAGACGUAAUAUUUUGUCUGUAUUAAAUAUAGACUUUUGAAACAUAUUACAGCAUAUUAUUUCUAAAUUAUUAUGAAUUUAUAUUUUAUAGGGGGACAACUCAAUAAUUAAGGCGAUUUUAGGGGUUUUUGACACAAACUUUAGGGAUAAAUAUUUUGGAGAGUUGGUAACACUGAUUUUGAUUAAACCCUGUGUAAAUUAAAAAAAUGUUACGUUUGUAUGAUUCUCCAUAGGUGGAUUGUAAAGAACAAAGUGUUUGUGCGUGUUUUAAUAGUUUGAUGGUUCUGAAAACUGUUAUGAAAGUUUGGCAUCGACAAAAGGGUUUGUUUAUUUACCAAAUAGCGCAAUUCAAUCUGGACAUGGUAUAGUGUGAUGUACUCGUGACUACAAGCUUCUAUAUUAAUCUGUGCCGUCAUUGUAGAUAGAUUGUUUAUACAUAUAUUCAUUAAAAUUUAAACAUAUUAUGGUAUAGCUUACAAUAUAAUAAAUUAUGUAUCGAGACUUACAAAAACUUUCAUUGAUUAGGAUUUUUUUUUGUUAUAUACUCGUAUGUGUAAUUUUUGACCACUUUACUGGAUUUAUUACAAGUUAAAUAUUUAUUUGUAGAAGAUAUAUUGUAAUAUUUUUGCAUUACAUAUUUCUUCAGCAUCUUGCAAUGGGUCUGAUUUUUUGUAUCUUAUUUUAAGUUAACCACACCCACAAAAAGAUGCAUUUAAUGCAAUUUAACGAUUACAAGGUGCUUUUGAAUAUGGUUUUUACUUUUUUUUUGUAUUUUUUUUAAGAGUUGCUUUUAAAUAAGAUGUUUUUGUAAAGCACAUGUCUAACAUUCCUUUUAAUUGCUGGAUACUGAAAAUAAUUUAGAUUAGAGAUAAUUUAUAUAUUUUCUUAUCGAAUCGUACGAAUUGCGUUGCGUAUUCAGUAAUAAUUUAUACAAUUAUGCGAAAAAUUCCAUUUGGUUGUACAAAUUAGUAAAAUAAAAAGAUUUCACCGAAAUUAGUACAGUAUUUUGGUGUUCAAAAAAAGAUAAUUGUCUUUUGAAAAGUGGUAAUUUUAUGGAUUUUGUUUUCCGAAAUCUUUCAAUCUAGUUGUCAAACUGUCAAUUUAAUUGUCAAAGAUUAUAUUAUAUUCGUUAUAACCACAAAAAGAUGCAUUUAAUGCAAUUUAACGAUUACAAGGUGCUUUUGAAUAUGGUUUUUACUUUUUUUUUGUAUUUUUUUUAAGAGUUGCUUUUAAAUAAGAUGUUUUUGUAAAGCACAUGUCUAACAUUCCUUUUAAUUGCUGGAUACUGAAAAUAAUUUAGAUUAGAGAUAAUUUAUAUAUUUUCUUAUCGAAUCGUACGAAUUGCGUUGCGUAUUCAGUAAUAAUUUAUACAAUUAUGCGAAAAAUUCCAUUUGGUUGUACAAAUUAGUAAAAUAAAAAGAUUUCACCGAAAUUAGUACAGUAUUUUGGUGUUCAAAAAAAGAUAAUUGUCUUUUGAAAAGUGGUAAUUUUAUGGAUUUUGUUUUCCGAAAUCUUUCAAUCUAGUUGUCAAACUGUCAAUUUAAUUGUCAAAGAUUAUAUUAUAUUCGUUAUAACCACAAAAAGAUGCAUUUAAUGCAAUUUAACGAUUACAAGGUGCUUUUGAAUAUGGUUUUUACUUUUUUUUUGUAUUUUUUUUAAGAGUUGCUUUUAAAUAAGAUGUUUUUGUAAAGCACAUGUCUAACAUUCCUUUUAAUUGCUGGAUACUGAAAAUAAUUUAGAUUAGAGAUAAUUUAUAUAUUUUCUUAUCGAAUCGUACGAAUUGCGUUGCGUAUUCAGUAAUAAUUUAUACAAUUAUGCGAAAAAUUCCAUUUGGUUGUACAAAUUAGUAAAAUAAAAAGAUUUCACCGAAAUUAGUACAGUAUUUUGGUGUUCAAAAAAAGAUAAUUGUCUUUUGAAAAGUGGUAAUUUUAUGGAUUUUGUUUUCCGAAAUCUUUCAAUCUAGUUGUCAAACUGUCAAUUUAAUUGUCAAAGAUUAUAUUAUAUUCGUUAUAACCACAAAAAGAUGCAUUUAAUGCAAUUUAACGAUUACAAGGUGCUUUUGAAUAUGGUUUUUACUUUUUUUUUGUAUUUUUUUUAAGAGUUGCUUUUAAAUAAGAUGUUUUUGUAAAGCACAUGUCUAACAUUCCUUUUAAUUGCUGGAUACUGAAAAUAAUUUAGAUUAGAGAUAAUUUAUAUAUUUUCUUAUCGAAUCGUACGAAUUGCGUUGCGUAUUCAGUAAUAAUUUAUACAAUUAUGCGAAAAAUUCCAUUUGGUUGUACAAAUUAGUAAAAUAAAAAGAUUUCACCGAAAUUAGUACAGUAUUUUGGUGUUCAAAAAAAGAUAAUUGUCUUUUGAAAAGAGGUAAUUUUAUGGAUUUUGUUUUCCGAAAUCUUUCAAUCUAGUUGUCAAACUGUCAAUUUAAUUGUCAAAGAUUUGUGAAUCUAAAUAGCAAAAUAUCAAGGUUUUGUAAUUAAAUAACAUUUUUGUAGCGAUAAGUUUUGCAAGUUAAGGUUCUGGAUAAAGUAAGUUGAACUAUGCGCAGUUUGCGCACACAUUCGCAAUGUACAAUAUGAGAUGACGCAAGCAACCAAAGCAACAUGUUGACGUCAUUACAAUCGCGCACGAAACAUUCAAUAUUUGACAUUUGAAGCACGCGUUUAACACUUUUGUUUAUCAUUAUACCUGCGCAGACAACUGUCAUCUUGGUUCAGCUCACUUGCCGGUGUCUAUACGAGUAUCAUUGUAGCUUCCGAAGUACUGGUGCCUAAUAAAUGUAUGUUCUAAUAAUAAUAAUUUAAAGCUAAUAAUAUUAAUUAUGUCGUUUAUCGUGUGCUUGUAUUGUACUUUAUUUUUUAUUAAUAGACUGAUUUUCUUUUUUUACAUAUUUUAUAUCUCGAGUGGACAGCCAAUCAAUUCAAUUCUUUGUCAAUUUAAUGAAACUCGUCGACUUGAGGAACCAAUUUUCAUCUAUCAAUGAUUAGACAUAAGUUUGGUUACAGUGACCAUAAAUUACAUACUUCUUUAAGCUAAUCCUUAAUAUUAGAAGAUUCUAACCACAUAUGGGGGACUAACUAGUUCAGUCCAGACUAAUUCAGCUUUAAUUCGGUACAAGCAGUAAUAAAACCUACAGCCAAUACGGCUGUUCAAUGAUCCAAUCCGAUUUUUGAUAAAAUGUCUAUUUCUAAAAUUAUUUAUAAUAAUUAUACCUUAAAUAAAAUAUGAAAAGCGAAAUCAUCUUUUAUAAUUUUGUUAUUUAAGCACUCUAACCUUGUAAUAUUUUUUCAUAAGAUGGUCACAAUUUUCUUUCUAGUCACAUGCUACCAGUACAUAUUCUGUUUAUGUGCUUCUUACCUAUUAGUUGUGGAGAUCUGAUCUAGCAUUUUUUUAUUUAUUAUCUAUUAUUAAUAGCUGUUUUUUCCAAUUGCAAGAACUAGGAUGCGCGCCAUGAGAUAAUAUCGACCAAUAGCGGUGAUAUCGAAAAUAUAGCUUUCUCUUCCGUUGCGAUGGGACGAAAGGGACAGCGAUAUAUUCGAUUCUGCCGCUAUUGGUGGCCUGUCUUUUUCGUCACGAGAUAUGUCUUUGACGCACGCUAGGCCUACAAGCGUGGUAUCUACACUAAUAUUAUAAAGCUAAAGAGUUUGUUUGUUUAUUUAUUUGCUUGAACGCGCUAAUCUCAGGAACUACCGGUUUGAUUUGAAAAGUUCUUUCAGUUUUAGAUAGGUCAUUUAUUGAGGAAGGAGGUAUAUAUUAUCCCCGUAUUCCUACGCGAACGGUAACCACGCGGGUGAAACCGUGCGGGGUCAGCUAGUACAGUAUAAAGUGGAUAGAAGACCAGGCGCUGUGAGGAUGUGAGUAAGCAAAAAUUGAGGACCGCUUUCUGGUUACAGUAUUGGACUCAAAAAAGCAUCCAGAUUACGAUUCUGCAUGUUGCCAGGAGGUUUACCUACCCCCUUUGGUGUCUAUAGUGUUCCUGUUGUGCCUAGCGUAGUGUCAGCGAUCGUCAACCGCCGAAUGAACAAAUCGAAAUCGCUCUUAUGUACCAAUGAGAUGAUAGAUUUAGACAAACAGAUAUUUAUCUCGUGGCACGCUUCCUAGGCCGUUAGCAUUACUGAAACCCCAGUCUAAAAGGGCUGUUCAAAUGACAAUAUAAUGUACUAUAGCAUGUGUCAAACUUCGAGUCCACUUCAAACACGAGCCGUAUGACGCAGAUAACGAAAACAUACAUGGCAUAUUGCAAUUCAGACCUAACUCGAAGUUUGGCGUAUACUAUACUAAGUUAUGUUUUAGUAUUAUUGACUCUAAUUCUAUUAUCUUCGUCACAAAUCUGUACCUAAUAAUUCCAAAGAGUAACUAACAAUGAUGUGGCAACUGAAUCAUAUGUGGGUUUUUUUUAUAAUUUUUACGGAAAUAAAACGAAUAUUUGCUCGAA